AUGGUGGCGCAGGGUCAGGAGGCGGCAGCUGCUCAAGCGGAGAAGAUGACGUUGGACCUCCAGGCGCUCGAGGCGUCGAAGAGCACGGCGCAGGCGGCUCUCGACGAGGAGCGCGAGCGUGCAAAGCAGCUGUCCAGCCGCUGCAAGGAGCUGGAGCAGCUGUCCUCGAACUCCAAGGCAGAUCUGGCGCAGGCUCAGGAGCGAUACGCCGAGUACGAGACCAUGGUCGCGCAGGGUCAGGACGCGGCAGCUGCUCAAGCGGAGAAGAUGACAUUGGACCUGCAGGCUCUCGAGGCGUCGAAGAAACUGGCACAGGCUCAGGAUCGCGCCGCCCAACACGAGGCCAUGGUCGCGCAGGCUCAGGACGCGGCUGCUGCACAGGCAGCUGCCCAGGUGGAGAAAAUGACAUUGGACCUGCAGGCGCUCGAGGCGUCGAAGACUUCUGCGCAGGCGGCUCUCGACGAGGAACGCGAGCGGGCCAAGCAACUGUCCAGCCGCUGCAAGGAUCUGGAGCAGCUGUCCGAGAACGCCAAGGCGGAGCUGGCACUGGCGAGGGCCGAUCUGGCUGCUGCGGAGGACAAGGCCACCGCGAGGGCCGCCGUGGCGCCCGUCGAGGCGGAGCUGCAGCAGUCCUCCGCGGCGCCGGUGGCGCAGGAGGCGAAGGUGCUGGUGCAGCAGGUGCAGCGCGUGCAGCUGCAGGAACAGGGCCCUGGCCCAGAGGCGGUCCGCCGCGAGCUCCAGGAGCAGCUGGAGCAGGCCGCGGCGGCCCAGGAGCGGCUGCGCGAGGGGCUCGAGAAGGCCGAGGCGGAGGUCGCGGCCUCCAGGGACCACGGCAGCGCCGCGAGCGAGAGGGCGGCGCAGGCGGAGGCCGAGCUGGCCCGGGAGAAGGAGAAGGUCCGGGCGGAGCUGGAGCGGCUGCAGCAGGCCGAGCGCGCGAGGGCGGAGCUGGAGAGCCGCCUGGCCGAGGCCGAGCGCGGGGUCCGCGCCGCCGGGGCCGCCGAGGUGGCCGACCUGGACGCCCGCGUGCAAGGCUUGCGGGACGAGCUCAAGGCGGAGCAGGAGCGGGGCGCCAAGCUCCUGGAGGCCCAGCAGCAGAUGGCGGGCGCGCUCGCGUCGGGGGAGGGCCUGCGCAACGAGCUGGUGGAGCUCGAGACGCUGCGGGUGCAGGGUGACUCGACGCUCGACCGCGCCACGCGCGCGGAGGCGGAGCUCGAGCAGGAGCGGCAGAGGGCAGCGGCGGAGACGAAGCGCGCGAGGGAGGCCGCGGACGCGAAGGCGUUCCUGGAGGGGAAGCUGGCGCAGGUCGAGAGUGACAGGGUGUCGAAGGAGAGCAGCCUCAGGGCGGCCGAGAGGAAGCUGCAGGAGCAGGAGCAGAUGCUGGGCCACACGCAGGAGCUCAAGAGGCGCCUGGGUGACCUGGAGCCGAAGCUGGCGGCGCUGGAACAGCGCAGGGAGGGCGCCUCGUCGACCGCGCAGGAGGACGCGAGGGUGGCCGACCUGGAGCAGCGGCUGGCCGAGGCCGCGGAGCUCCAGUCGCAGCUGCAGCGCAGGCUGGCAUCAGCGGAGCAGGAGCUGAACUCCACCAAGGCGAUGUCGGAGGACUUCAAGGCGUUCGCGGCGCAGGCCGAGGCCGCCCUGGCGGAGGAGAGGAAGAAGCAGGAGAAGACUGAGCAGGAGAUCAUGGAGUCGUCCACGCGCCGCGACGAGGCCAUCACCGCCAACAGCAAGCUCGAGGCGAAGCUACUGGAGCUGGAGCGGAAGUUCAAGGCCCAGGAGCGGCAUGUGUUGCCCGUCGAGGCGCCCGAGAUGCAGGCGGCCGCGCGCGCCGACGUCGCCGCGGGCGCCGCGUCGAUGCAGCAGCCUCUGGAGCAGGUCAACCUCGUUGAGAAGAAGCUCAAGGCGAAGCCUGGGGACGUGGCGCCCGUGCUCUGCUCCUUCAAGGUAGAGAGCCUCGACCACCAGCAGCUGAUGGAGGACAGGAACCUGAAGGCAGCCUUCGAGGCCUCGGUGAAGCAGACGCUGGCGUCCGAAGCCGGGGGCCUCGUGUCCAAGUCGCAGAUCCAGCUGGUGCUCACGGCCGGCUCGGUGGUCGUGGAGGCCUCCAUCGAGCACGCUCCCGGCGUGGACCUGGGCGCGGUGGCGCAGCGGCUGGGCUCCUCGCUAACUUUGGCGAGGAAGGUGGCGGCGUACAUCGGCGCGCUGGACGGCAUGAGCGACGAACAUGCCAUCAAUCAUUCGGACGGCAUCCACCGUAUAUCGUCCGGCCCCAUCAAGGUCACGAAUAUCUCCGUCACCCACGGGUCCGAUCCCAAGCCCACGGCGCAACCCAUGGAGGGCAGACCGGCCCAGGGCAUGGCGAUUUGGUGA